AUGAGUCAAGAACAACCUACGAAGCCUGAAUCUCAGGAAAAUCCUCAUGACCAAGGCAAUGCUGCUGCAACAAUGCAAUCAGCCGAAAAUUGUAUGUUAGGUCAAGUACAGAAAGGAGGUCCGGCAGCCGUGAUGCAGUCCACCGGCAGCAGCAACACGGGCUGCAAUAUAGUUGCUGAUAAAGGUGUAGUAAUCACUGAGAUUAAUGUGCCUGACAAGCGGAUAAUCUCCGAAUCAAUUGGUGGACAGGUUAUUGGGCAAGACAUUCUACCAGCUCUACUUGCCCCAGAAACUGUGGAUGAACAAAGAGGCAACAUCACAAUUGGUGAAGCACUUGAAGCCACUGCAUUGACAGCAGGACACAAGCCUGUUGACUAUAGUGAUGCAGCCGCAAUACAAGCUGCCGAAGUGAGGGCAACUGGCCGUACCAAUAUCGUGCCCGGAGGUGUAGCUGCUGCUGCACAAUCUGCAGCAACUCGUAAUUCUCGUAUGACAAGGGACGAGGAUAAAACCAAAUUGGGCGACAUUCUUACAGAUGCAAGCUCAAAGUUACCCUCGGAUAAACCAGUGACGCGUCGAGAUGCUGAGGGGGUGAUAGGCGCCGAGCUGAGAAACGAUCCCAAUCUGUGCACUCGUCCGGGGGGCGUAGCAGCCUCUUUGGCUGCAGCUGCAAGGCUUAACCUGAGUAACAUUCGAUCUCCCACUCAGCAGGAUAAAUAAUCUCAUUUCUACACCCUUUGCAUGGGUUCUAUUCCCGGGUUUAUUAGGGUCAACUCUAAAUGAACACCAAUUUUUUGAGGUAAGCUUGAUCGUACACCUAUAAUGGUGGCAUUUGAGCAUAUAUUCAAUUUAAAGUUAUUAUUAUUUUCAGAUAUUUGUUUCCUUUUGUGGGAAUACUACAUUGUAUUUAUUUUUCUUCUUCACUUGGGAAACUAAAAGGUGCU